AUGGCCGCAUUGCGAUGCUCGCCUUUGUUGGCCUCGUCGUUCCGGAGUUCGCUCGAAUCCCAGGUCCAGAUGCAUGCUACGCUGCGAAAACCGUUGUGGAUGCACACAACGCCUGCGUGGGCAACCCACCCUUUCCGUUCCUUGUCAACGCAGAG